ACCUAGCAACCCUUAUCUGGUAUGAAAUCCAGUGGUUGAUCCAUUGAAUCCUUAAUUAGCAUAUUCAUGGAGAACAACCCUAGUUCAUCAAAAAGUGGUAGAAAAUUGGUUGAGAGGGAUAGAAGAAAUCAAAUGAAGGAUCUUUUCUCCAAGCUCAACUCAGUUCUUCCUCCUCAAAGCUCAAGGGAGGGAAUUUCGCGUCCAGAUCAGAUAGGUGAAGCCAUAGACUACAUAAAGAACUUGCAGAUUAAGUUGGAGAAAAUGAAGGAGAAAAAGGGUAACUUAACAGACAUCGUAAGGUCAAGAAAUGCUACCAUGAAUAUGGAAUUCAAAUCUCCACAGUUUAAGAUCCAACAAAUAGGUUCAGUCUUGGAGGUUGUUCUAGUAACUGGGUUGGAUUGUCCUUUCAUUUUCAAUGAGACCAUUCGUAUUCUUCAAGAAGAAGGAUCUGAUAUAGUUAAUGCCAGUUAUACAGUUCUUCAAAAUGCAGUUCUCCAUAAAAUACACUCUCAGGUAGAUGAAUCUGGCAAUGCAGCUUCGAGGAUAUCCGAGAAACUGAAGAAUUGUGUCAAUGGUCGGUAGCAUGAAUUGAAUUAUAUUAGAAGAGGACAGCAUUGUUUUACCUAGUAAGCAGAUUCAUAAUCACUGUCUUGUUUGCUUUCAAUAUCACGAUUCGGAUUAUGUGUUUCUGUGUGUAUCAUGUUGCAAAAUCUGAUGAAAAAGGUUGUUUUGUUUGUUUUAUAGUAAGAAUUUUUGACGUUUAUUCCGAUUUCAUGUUCGAUGUGAAUCGAAGAUCACUAUGUUAGGGAAAGAGAAAAAUAAGAGAAUAACGAAGGAGUCUGGAGAUGAUGUAUGCAUAUCA